AUGGGGGAUCCGAUGCCGAGUGCGUCACCGGAGGACGCACUGAACCGUAUUCUCGAGGGUGCGAAUGCGCUGAGUAUGUCUCCGGACCAUGACCUGAGCGUCGAGCUGACGCGGCCGCUCGUCCCGCUCGAUGCGGCCGAGCGCGAGGCGUUCGGCAAGAAAGUGGCCUCCACGAAGCUGGGCGCGAACUCUGACGGGCUGAUCGCGCUGCUGCGCGACUACCCGAACCUCGUCAGCUCGCAGCUGGCCGAGGAGGCGGAGCGCGAGCUGGCCCGGAAGUCGCCGGUGCCGAUGCGCCCGCUGGACACCGUGACGAGCUAUGCGAGUACGCUGCAUGGCGACGACAUUUCGAGCCAGAGCGACCUGUUUCCACGCUCCGAGGCGGGUGAGCCGCCAAGGCAGGGCCACCGGCGUUUAUCGCGCUCAGUGAUGCAGUUUCCGAUCCCCGAGGCGGCGCGAGCCGCCAGUGACAAGGUGCGGCGAGCGUCCCCGCACCGGCUGGGGACGACGCCCAUGUCGAUGUCGCGCUCGCACUCGAUGCCGGGCGAGCUGAAUCUCGGCACGGUGGGUACGCGGUCGGACUACGGCGACGAGAAGAUCGUCGUGGCCAUGGUCGGUCUGCCCGCCCGCGGCAAGAGUUUCCUGUCGAAUAAGCUGAUGCGCUACCUGCGGUGGCGCGAGUACAAGGUGCGCGUGUUCAAUGUGGGCCAGCUGCGGCGCGCCGUUGCGCGCGACAGCGAUGCGGGCUCAUGGGCCGCGUCUCUGCAGGACUCUGCCUUCUUUGACUCGAACAACGCAGAGGCGGUCAAGGUGCGCGAGGCGCUCUCGCACGAGUGUCUCGAGCAGCUCAUCCACUGGCUCAAGACCACAGGGCACGUCGGCAUCCAUGACGCUACGAACACGACCAAGGCGCGGCGGCGGCAAAUUGCCGAGCGCGUCGCGCAGGAGCCGGGCAUGCGCCUCCUGUUCCUCGAGUCGGUGUGCACGGACCCGGCGGUCGUCGCGGCGAACGUCGAAGUCAAGGUGCAGAGCCGCGACCCCGAUUAUGUGAACAUGAACCGCGACCAAGCGCGCAGCGACUUUUUGCGGCGUAUCCGGCACUACGAGGAUGUGUAUGAGCCCUUGGAUGCGGACGGCACGGAACGGCACUACUCGUACUGCAAGAUCAUCGACGUCGGAAGCACCGCGACGAUGAACCUGAUCAGCUCGUACCUCAAGUCGCAGAUCGCGUUUUACCUGCUCAACCUGCACAUUGCGCCGCGCAACAUUUUCAUGUCGCGCCACGGCGAGUCGCAGUUCAACGUCGAGGGCAAAAUUGGCGGCGACUCGGGCCUGUCUGAGCGCGGCUGGGCGUAUGCGCGUGCGCUGCCGAAGCUCAUCCAGGACCACGUCGGCGACGAGGAGCUGACUGUGUGGCACAGCUCGCUGCGCCGCACCGGGCAGACAGCGAGCCUGCUUCCGUACCCGAAGCUUGUGUGGAAAUCGCUCGACGAGCUCGACGCGGGCGUGUGUGAUGGCAUGACGUACGAGGAGAUCGAGAAGUUCUACCCGGAGGACUCGGCGAGCCGCGACGAAGACAAGUUCAACUACCGCUACCGCGGUGGCGAGAGCUACCGCGACGUGGUCGUGCGUCUCGAGCCGGUCAUCAUGGAGCUCGAGCGGCAGACGAACAUCCUCAUUAUUGGGCACCAGGCGAUCCUCCGUGCCCUGUAUGCCUACUUUAUGGGCUACGACCAGAGCGAGCUGCCCUAUAUCAAGAUACCGCUGCACACGGUCAUCAAGCUGACGCCCAAGGCGUACGGAUGUGAUGAGGAGCGCUACGCGCUGCCGAUCGAGGCCGUCGAUACACAUCGCGCGCGACCGAUGGCGCCGCGGCCCGCGCCCGCGCCGGCCGACGGGGAGAGUGAGAUCCUGCAGGCGCUCACCAGCCCGCCGCCGACGCAGCAGGUGCACCACAUGACCGAGAAGCGCUAG